CUACAGACGAUGCCCUCAUAUUUCCUUGAAGGCUGUUAGUUGGACCUUGACUGUUAAACAAAAUCUGGUUGUGGGAUGAGAAAGUACAGUUAAAACGGGUUUUCCGUGACUCUGUAAAAGCACGUGACGAGUGGAUAUGAUCAAAUAUGCGGUGCAAUGAGGAAGUACAUCACAACGAGAGGGGGUGUUGAGAUCGACCGUCGACAUGUUGAGCUUCGUCCUCGUCGUCAGUGGUGUGGCCAGUGUAUUAGGGGGCAAACUGCUUGACUCUGGAAACAAACCUGAGUUUCCCAUCGGUGACGUUCGAGCGUGUUACAGAGAUAACAAAAAACUUGAGCGUUUUGAGGUUCUGCCUGGUCAUGGCUGGGACAACCUGCGGAACGUGGACUCCGGCCUCGUCGUCGUCUACAACUACUCCAGGUGUCGGACAACUGAAGACGGCCGUUACCUCAUCCCUGAUACAGUCAACACCAUCCCUUUGAAGGCAAGUAAGCUGAAAGUAUGUGCUGAACUAAUCUCUCACUGGUCCAACUAUACCAGUAUCACGGCCCACGGUGUAAACGUCGAAGCGGGCCUCGGUUUUGACUCGGUGAAAGUCAGUGGUACAUUUUCUCCCGGCUUUGAGAAUGUGAAGUCCAAACAGAUAGGUGAUAGGUCCUACACAACCCGAGUCCAACUGAGGUACGUUCGCUUCACGGCCAAGCUGCAGCCCGACGCCGCUCUUCAUCCCACGUUCAAGUCUCGUCUGCUCAGUAUCGCGGGAAGCCUGCAACUGAAGAAGAUGGACCAAGCACGCUAUGACAGUGAACUUCUUGUGCGGGACUUCGGUACACACGUCAUCACAAGUGUAGAUGCCGGUGCCGCCUUGGUGCAGGAGGACCAGGUGUCUGCGGAAUUUGUGAACAGCAAGAAAUUCUCAAAGAGUCAAAUAACGGCUGGAGCGAGUGCUUCUUUUUUUGGGAUUUUCAGUAUCGGUGUUUCUUAUCAUUCUUCUACGUCCAAUGAAGUGAAGACAGCAUAUGAACAGCACAGAUCCUCCUCUCAGAUCGAUACUCUAGGAGGUCCUAUGUUCAAGGCCUCCAACUUCACAGCCAACAACUGGACCUACGAGGUUGACCAUGAACUUGUGGCCGUGGAUAGGUCUGGAGACCCCCUCUUCUUCCUUAUCAACUCUGCCUCUCUCCCCGAAUUGCCCAACUCCAUCCUUUAUCAACUUCAGAACCUUGUUCAGGAGACAAUUCUGCAUUACUAUGAGUUUAACACAUACAGGGGAUGUACUGAACUGGACUCGCCUAACUUUAGCCCUGCCGCCAACCUGGAUGACGGAACGUGUAAAAGUCCCUACACUAAUCUGACAUUCGGUGGAGUUUUUCAAACCUGUAGUAUAUCCUCGGGAUCAAACAACAGCGACCUCUGUUCUGGCCUCGACCAAGUGAACCCUAAGACAGGAGGACAUACCUGUCCAGAUGGGUAUGAACCAGUAGAACUGCACACAGGACGCCUGUCCGACUCGAAGUCAGUCCACUCUUGUCACUCCUGCUGGCUGUUCUUCAAGUGUUGCCACGACAACUAUUACCACAGCGAAGCAACCUACAUCAUGCAUUGGUGCGCAGCUACGGGUCCGGUGUCUCAGGAGACUGGUUACCUCUUCGGAGGCCUCUACACGUCACAGCUUAACAAUCCUCUCACUCAAGGAAAGACUUGCCCUGUCAACUUCUACACUCGCACCCUGGGGAAGGACCUCCACAUCUGUAUCAGUGAUGACUACGAGCUGGCUAUGAAGUAUUCCAUGCCAUUCGGAGGUUUCAUCAGCUGUACAACUGGUAACCCCCUUGAUAUGAACCCUAGACCUGAGGGUAACAAGAACUCGACUUUGCCAUCACUGCACUCAUUCUUACAAAAAUCCAAAAGCUGGCCCAAGGACUGUCCCAAAGGCUACAGUCAACAUCUGGCCUACGUCGAUCAAGGCUGUGAGAUCAACUAUUGCCUGAAGGCGGGUUUCCUGUCAGAAGUGGGAUUUCCCAAAAUCCGUCGGCCGCCAUUCCAGUCUGCUCCUCCGUUGCUCCCAAGCACUGAAGCACUCCCAAACACUGGGGUAGCAGCUGGAAUCGCUGUGGUUGCUAUUCUCGGAUGUGUCGUCAUCAUCGUUCUCAUCAAGCGACGUCGGAAGUCGUCGCCAGUAUAUCGCAAGCUUGCAACUGAUGACCCCCUUCAGUCUCCACAAAGUAGCUUUGGUUCAACCGGAAGUGAUGCUGCCAGUGCAAACGUUGAGUAGUAAAGGUCCAUGGAUAUGAUUUCAUUAUAUUUUUCUUAACUUUCAUUCAGUGUUGCAGGCGUUUAUGUGAAACCUAACAUUGAGAUAUUGGUGGUUUCCCUCUGUGGCACUUGCGUCUGUCACACAUCGCUAAUUAAAAGUGCCACGCAGGGAAAUUCUGUGGAAGGCAUUGCCAGACAGGGACAGCUCACCCUUUCAGUUAAUUAGGUGUGAUGAGGUGUAAACUCGUUAAGAUUACUUCACUCAGGAGCUACUGUUGUUAUACCCUUUCAGUUAAUUACAUGUAUGUGUAAUGAGGUUUGAAUGAGGUAGUUAAGUAUUACUUUACUCAGGAGCUACUGUUGGCAUAUCCUUUGAGUUAAUUAGGUGUAAUGGGGUUUGAAUGAGGUAGUUAAGCAUUACUUUACUCAGGAGCUACUUUUGUUCUUGUUUCUAUAUGGGAACUAAAUUCUAAAUUCUAAAUUCAUUGGUUGUGUGAGAGUCAGUUUAUGUUUGUCUGGAAUAGUCACACUUUCAUUGUAUAUGAGUGUCUGUUCUUGUAUUAAAAAAAAGAAUAAAUUAAUGUAGUCAUUUUGGAUAUUCAGAAAUAUUAAACUAAAAAUCUAUUA